AUGGAGUUGAGAUCCUGCAGUCAGAUUUCAACAGUCAACAACCUCAGAGCAAGGAUGAAAAUAUUUAUUCUAUUAUUAUUAGUUGUUCUUCUUGUUGAAGGGAAAGGUGGAGGAGGUAGAGGAGGUGGUGGUGGCAGAGGUGGAGGUGGUGGCAGAGGUGGAGGUGGUGGCAGAGGUCGAGGAGGAAGAAGAGGUAUAGCUAGCAGUACAUAUCCUAAGCAGAAAUGGAUGACUGGUAUAUCAGGAGUCCGGAUGAAUAAAGCAAAAAGCAAAAGUACCCCUAAGAGCAUCCAACAUGGAUACGGUACAAACUACGGUACAAGGUUUACCAAGGAAACAAUGUACGUGGAGAAGAUAGGGUUUUCUAGAAAAGCUUUAGGAUUAGGAGUAGCAGCUGGUUUUGUCGGGGGAGCUGCACUAGGAGCAGUUGGAACAAUGGCAACAUACGGUGUGUAUCAUAG